AUGAAUCUAUUUGCGCUUUUAAUAUUGUGUUUAACAAUUUGUGGGAGUGUUGGCAUCAAAUUGGUAGAUAAUAAGUACGAAGAUGUGUACAUAGUGAUACAGAAAACGGUUGCAGAAGAUCCACUGAUAAUAGACAAUAUAAAGGACACAUUCACAGCAGCCUCCAGUUUGCUUUUCAAUGCGACUCACAAGCGAGUGUACUUUGGCAAGAUCAACAUCAUUAUUCCAAAAGAAUGGACAAACGUUACAAACACAAAACCCAUCCCAUCGAUCAAACUUAAGAACUUCAUUCUGGUUGACGAAGGCCAAAAUGAAAAUCCAUUUGUGAAAUCAACAGAAUGCGGCAAGGAAGGACUUUACAUGUAUCUGCCGCCAUCUUUUCUGUUAAAGAAAGGGGAGACUGGUUUUGGGCGAAAAGAGAAAGUGAUUGUUCACGAAUGGGGCCAGUUAAGGUGGGGCCUGUUCAGCGAAUACCAUCCUUCUCAUGACAAGAAGUUUUACCUGGACGAAGGGAGAUGGAAACCCACUGUAUGCACAGAGCUCAUUCAAGGACGAAUUGGCAUAGGAAGGUUCUGCUCAAAUAAGACACACAUUUGCCUACCUGAUAACGGUGGCAGUCGAAUGCCAUCCAACUGUAGUUUUUGUCCACACCGUCAACAAACCGCAAAUGCAUCGAUAAUGGGAUACCAAUACAUCGAGUCUGUGAGUCUUUAA